AUGAACUCGGUUAAAAAUAAACAUAUCGGCAACGGUAGCCGCUUGUUUGAAUAUCAAACACCUGUGUGUCCUCUCUUUGAGAUGCGCAGUACAAUACAACAAAGGAGUACAACAAUAGUGGCGCUGUGUGCGGUGGUGGCCCUCGUGUCCGCUCAGGUGACCUUUAGUCGCGACUGGUCGGGGGGGAAACGCACGCCGCCCGCCGUGUUCGACUGCAGCCAGUUCGCGAGACUCUGCCGGCAUUUUGUUCAUGAAAUGAAAGAAGGCAUGGCAGAGGACAAGCUCAACAGACACCGAAGAGUCGAACUCGAAGACAUACCUGUUACAUAUGAAGAUGAGAAA